AUAUUGAUAUAUAAUGUAUAUAUUGUGUUUUUUAUGUUGAUUUCAUAAAAAAAUAAUAAUAAUAAAAUAAAAUAAAAAUAAUAAAAUUAUUUCUUGUGCGGCCCGGUACCAAUCGGUCCGCGAACCGGUGGUUGGGGACCACUGAUUUAGGGGAUUAUUUAAAGAUGUAUUUUUUUCCAUUACUUUUGUCCCAUUAGAGCCUCCAUACAGUUCCAUCCCUUCUCUCCCGCAGGGCCCAUCCCCUUUAACAUGACACCCGUCUCGUCCUCCCCUUUAAAGCCCCAACUUCUGCAGCUUUUCUUUCAAUUUUUUUUUCCCCCCUUCUCGCCAAUGAUGUCCCCACAGCAGACCUAGUGUCCACCGACCAUUUAUCUAUCUAUGUUCUUCUCCUCCCUCCGUGUCGUGUGGAAACCAUGAGCGGAAUGCACGGCCUCGCCUCGCUGCUGCUGCUGCUGCUGUGCCGCUGCACUCCUUCCCGGGGAUACUUCGCCGAGGAGCGCUGGAGCCCCGAGUCCCCGCUGCUCGCUCCCCGGGUCCUGCUCGCCCUCAUCUGCCGCAACUCGGAGCACUCCCUGCCCUACGUGCUCGGCACCGUGGAGCGUCUGGACUACCCCAAAGAGCGCAUGGCUGUGUGGGUAGCGACCGACCACAACGAGGACAACACGACGAUCAUCUUGCGUGACUGGCUGGUCAAGGUGCAGAAUCUCUACCAUUAUGUGGAGUGGAGACCCAAAGAGGAGCCCAGUCAUUACGAUGAUGAAGAGGGUCCCAAGCAUUGGAUCGAGCCACGCUACGAGCACGUUAUGAGGCUCCGGCAAGUUGCGCUGGAGUCAGCCCGUGAGAUGUGGGCCGACUACUUCAUGGUGAUGGACUGCGAUAACCUGCUCACCAACCCCAACGUCCUGUGGAGCCUCAUCAGUGAGAAUAAGACGGUCAUCGCUCCCAUGCUGGACUCGCGUGCGGCUUAUUCCAACUUCUGGUGUGGGAUGACCAGCCAGGGCUACUACAAACGCACCCCGGCCUACAUGCCGGUGAGGAAGCGCGUGCGUAAAGGUUGUUUUGCAGUUCCCAUGGUGCACUCCACCUUCCUCAUAGACCUCAGGAAAGAGGCAUCCAGGCAGCUGGCCUUUCACCCGCCUCACCCAGAAUACACUUGGGCUUUCGACGACAUCAUUGUGUUCGCCUACUCGGCUCGACGGGCAGACGUGCAGAUGUUCGUAUGCAACAAGGAGACGUACGGUUUUCUCAGCGUGCCGCUGCGCUCCCACAAUACUUUGCAGGACGAGGCCGAGAGCUUUUUGCACACCAUGCUGGAGGUUAACGUGCGCCAUCCUCCAGUGUUGCCGUCCGAGUUCGUCCCUGCUCCCGCCAGAAAUCCGGACAAAAUGGGUUUCGAUGAGGUGUUCAUGAUCAACCUGAAGCGGCGCACCGACCGCAGAGAUCGGAUGCUGAGAGCGCUUCACGAGCACGAGGUCGCUUGCAAGAUCAUGGAGGCUGUCGACGGAAAGGCUUUGAACAUGAGCGACGUCCACACCAUGGGCAUCACCAUGCUGCCUGGCUACAGCGACCCUUACCACGGCCGCCCGCUCACCAAAGGAGAACUGGGAUGCUUCCUUUCCCACUUUAACAUCUGGAAAGAGGUGCUGGAGCGAGGCCUGCCCAUCUCGCUGGUGAUCGAAGACGACCUGCGUUUCGAGGUCUUCUUCAAGCGGCGCCUCAUGAACCUGAUGAGUGAGAUCGAGGACGAAGGACUGGACUGGGACCUGAUCUACAUCGGUCGCAAACGGAUGCAGGUGGAUCACUCCGAGAAAGCGGUGCCAAAUAUUCACAAUUUAGUGGAAGCGGAUUAUUCCUACUGGACUCUGGGCUACAUGAUCUCCUUACAAGGAGCACAGAAGCUUUUAAGAGCGGAGCCGCUAAAGAGAGUGCUGCCCGUGGACGAGUUCCUGCCUAUCAUGUACAACAAACACCCGGUGUCAGACUACAUGAAGCACUUUGAAAGCCGAGACCUCAAGGCUUUCUCAGCAGAACCCCUCCUGGUGUACCCCACCCACUACACGGGCGACUCGGGCUACAUCAGCGACACGGAGACGUCCACCGUGUGGGACAACGACAAGAUCCGCACAGACUGGGACAGAGCGCGCUCGGGGAAAACCCAGGAGCAGGCCGAGCUCAGCACCGAGGCCCAGAACUCCGACGUGCUCCAGUCGCCUUUGGACAGCACGGCGCGGGACGAGCUAUGAGACCCC